AUGGCUUUGCAAGAGAAGCUCGUGCCCUCUGCCAAACAGGCGUCACCAUUCACGGUGCGCUCAACGCCAGUCUUCGACCCAAAGGUGCAUCUCGCGUACGAACCACCUUCUCAGCGCUUGAGCAUGGGCGACCUAGGCCUCGACGAGGCGCACAAUGGACCAUCGGUGAGUAGUAUGUCCUCCUCGCGAGCACGAACACCUUGUCUGACGUAGGUGUACGCGACACCGAUCCCGCUACUACGCCAAGUCUGCCAUCGCCGUCACUGCGCCCUUUCCCCUGGCGUCUAGGGAGGGUGUGAUUGCACUUAGACAAGCCAUCCUGGACCCGGCAGUCCUGUCGCACUGCCUAGUCUAUUCGCACAUGACAGGACCGCACGCCCAGCUACGUGGCAUGGCACCCCAUGCGGCAGAAUUUGUUGCCGAGUUUUGGCAACACCCAGAGGUGAGCUGCGCUGCACCGUCCCAGUCGGCUGCCCUUGGUGCUGAUUGGUCCGUCCCAUUUCAUGCUUGCCUUGACAGACGCUCAAAGCCAUCUCCGAGGCUGCCGGCGAGGAAGUCAGUAGCAUGAGAAGUUUUUGGGCGAUGGCGUUUACCGUCCAGCUGACGUGCUUUGGGAUCGUCUUCACCGUUCCAGCUGGUACCGUACAUGGACAUAGAGCUUGGACAUACCAACGUAAGUCCACUGCAAAUCACGGCUGUCGUGUCCGCUUUGACGCUUGCUUCGUGUUCCCGACAUGUGACAGAUCCAAGUACCAAAGGGGAUGUCGCGAGUCGAUUACAUGCGAGGACUUGACGCAGACCCAUUUGCGCCGCCGUCAGUGUCAUUGCUCAGCGACGAAGCAGGCUCAAAGACCGUCAACAGUGGUGAUCGGACAGCGCCUCUGGUCGUUGACUACCACAAAGAUGCCUAUCCCUGGGUGGCCGUGCUCAUGCUCAGCGAUGUAAGUGGUAUUUGAUGGCUGAUGCAUCGUUGGCGAGUGGCUGAGUACUAGAUUAUGCGCUGGUGAUAUUUUGUAGGUAAGCAAGAUGACCGGUGGAGAGACGGCUCUGCGUAAAGGAGACGGCUCGCUGUUCAAAGCUCGAGCUCCCUCUCUGGGCUCCAUUGUUGUGAUGCGAGGUGGUAGUAUCACCCACUGUGCGCUGCCAUGUGAGGGAGCAAGCGAGCGCAUCACAAUGGUGACCAGCUUCCGACCACGUCACUCGACGCAAGACUUUUCCGUAAGUCGACGCUCGCCGUCGCAGAACGCGUUGGACGUGAUUGCUGACGCAGCACUUUGGACUGCUGAUGCUUCUGCCUUUCAGAAUCUGCACAACAUCAUCGACUGCAGUAACUUGAACGAGUUGUAUGAGCAGUGGACCGAAGCCCGCCUGGAUAUCCUUGGCAACAAAUUAAAGGCGUACAAGCAGGUCCUCGCCAACCGACGCAGGCGUCUUGAAGCGAGAGAUGGUGUGCUUGGUGGGCUGAGGGAGCCCACCGUCGACCUCGAGGAGCUGCACCGACUGACGGACGAGAUUGUGAGCGUUCCAUUCCUUUUCGCGCGCAAGCCCCGCCGCUGAUUUUCCUCGUCGCUGUGCCCAAGAACGAGCAUAUGAGCAGGACUCUGAGCGAGAUGGCGGUGAGUUAGAGCACGCUGGCGAGAAACACUCCGAAUGAGAGCGGUGCUGAUUCGUUCCGCUCUUCCUUGUCUGUGUGGCGCACCCCUAGCCUUAUACAUCUUCGCGCAACGUGUGGACUCCCAAACCGCGCAUCCACCUGUAA